AUGUCGGGAAUAGAGUCCCCCUCAGAUAAAACAAAACGUCAUAUAAAUAAAUUACAACUAGAACGAACACUCUUAGAAAAAAGAAAGGGUUCACUGCGUAGGGAUAAAAAUCCGUACUUCGAGACUCGUGAAUAUAGAUCUCACGAACGUCAAAUUUCGGACAUAAACAAAAGAUUAAUUGAAAUUGACAUUGAAUUACGAAAGGAACGUCACUUUUUGGACAAACAAGUGAAUAUUGAAUUGGCAGAAAUUCAAGAACGGAGAGCUAAAGAGACAAAAAGAACGCAUAAAAGGAAAUUAACUACUUUAGAAGAAUUUAUUAAUAAUUCAUCCGAAAUGUUCCGUACACCACCAAAAACUACAGUAGGAGAACCUACUAAUACAAACACCCCAAACGUAACUACAACUCAGCCAACUAGUACUAGUGCUGAUAUGCGAGGAGCUCAAGCUGUACCAAUUAUAACUACAUCUUCAAACCCUAUUACAACUUCAAUUUCCACAGUUACCAAUCCGAUCUCCUCAGCUAUUGAUAUUAGAAAUAUACAAGCAGGUCGUGAUGAAUGUGGACCCUAUGAUUUCAAUUCAACACUAACUGUUGACUUUAAUUUCCGUCCCGUUCAGAGUAUUUUUUCAAACAUCAGACCUAGAUUGUCAACUAUUAUUGGAGACCCUCCGAGAUAUGAAUUACCUCCCGUAUAUGAAACAGCCAUAGAAAGAGAAAAACGCGACGCGGCUCUUGAAAAAGAAAGACAUGAUAUAGCUCUAGCUAGAGAAAGACUUGAAGCACUUUCAACUAGGCAAGGACGCGAAGUAGAACAAAGUAUUGCAAAUCAAAACAUUCUUGGAGAAAAUCCACAAUCUACGGGUGCAAUCAGAAAAAAUCCCGCUACAAGGAGUACAAGUGUACCCGAGGAUAAUUUAUCUCGGGCUCCAAACACUACAAUAAUCCAACAAUCACCGCAAGUUUUAUCGAGCGGAUUUUACAAUUAUAAUCCGACUCCGAAGCAAAGAGAAGCGGAAUAUCCUCGAGAAUAUGAUUAUGAACAGCAAUAUUAUUCUCAAAAUACAAGACCGAGAGUAACAUUUGACGAAUAUCAAAAUGAUUCUUAUAAUAAUCACAUAGAGAAUCCAAGACUUGCACCAAUGUAUGAAACUGAAACUCAAAUACCCCGCCAGGUGUCAAGAUCCUAUAAUAAUACUCCAAUUUUCAAUGAAAAUACACCCUUCAAUAGAAACACUCAAUCAGCUAAUAAUCGAAUUCCUUUUAGAGAAAUCUCAGCCCGGGAACAUAGCUAUAGAGAUGCAAGCGUUGCAAGAGAAACUUAUUUGAAACGCCUUAAAAAUAUUCCCAAAUUUAAUGGCGAUUCGUAUAGUGAACUUAAAGAGUUCAUUAAUAAAGCGGAUACUUCAUACCAUUACAGUAGUAAUGAAAUUGAAGAGGACGAAUUCUUUGAACAGAUGAUAUUCCAAUUGGGUGAAGAACCCAAAAACGUUAUAAUCAAUCUCAAUAACCCAGAUUGGGUUACAAUUAAACAAAAAUUAUUGAAACAUUAUUCCUAUUUAUCAAACAAAGAUUUAUUGGCUAGUCAAAUAGAAAAUCUACAUCAAGAGAGAAAUGAAUCUAUUCUCAAAUAUUCAGAAAGAGCCAGAAAACUCCUAAGAGAACGCAAUGCGACUUACAGUAAUUUAUCAGAAGAUCAGAGAAGAGAACAUAACAAAACAGCCCUCCGAGCUUUUGCCAGAGGCCUAAAUGACAAUAGAUUGAAAGAAAAACUAUCAAUUAGAGGUUCAGACACUCUUGAAAACUCCAUAGCUUACGCUUUAGAAGCAGAGAGUGAAAGUUUCCGUGAAAUUCCUCAGUUUGAAUUGUAUUGUAGAUAUUGUCGCUCAAAUGGUCAUCGUGAAAGAGACUGCAGACGCAAGAAUAAUGGACCAAAUAAUAUAAAUGAUUUAGCUUCAAUUUUACGAUCUUUAAAUAUGUCAAAUCAAAAUAAUUUCAGAGACAAUUCUAGAAAUAAUAUGAGAACUCCUAAUGCCGGCUAUAGAUUCGGAAAUAAUAGAUUCAGUAAUUUCCCAAACCGACAAAAUUUCUCACGUAACAAUAAUUAUAGAAACCCUUUCAAUUACGAAAAUCGGAAUAACAGAAACUAUGAAAGUCAAAAUUUCAGAUAUAACAAUAAUAGAGUCUAUGAUAGAGGUAGCCCAAAUAAUUUUAAUUAUAAUAGCAAUAAUCGCUAUAACAACAAUAACAAUGGCUACAAUAAUAAUAGCAAUGCCGGAUAUAAUGGCAAUGGUCGCUAUAUCAGCAAUGGCAAUAAUAACAACGGUAAUAGGAACGAAUACACGAAUUAUAAUGGAAACAAUAAUAACAGGACUAGCUUUAAUAGUCCAAAUAGAAAUAAUUAUCGGAACGAUAGACCUGGCCAAAAUGAACAAUUUAAUAAUCGUCCACGAUCUAAUAACUUUGCUACAAUUUUCGAAACCAAUGUCGAAAACAACAAUAAUAGAGAGCACUCUUCGGAAAACUUUUAG